AUGCAAUCUUUUAUGACCGGUGCACCAGGUCAUCAUAUACAAUCAAUUAAAAAAUCAACAUCAACUAGACUUGUAUAUGUAGUUUUCUUUUUAUUAGUAUCAAUUGUAGCAUAUAUACUUAGUUAUUGGACUUUUUCAUGGUUUAAUAAUUUAGAUGUAUUAAAAAUUUGUAGUAAAGGUGAUAAUGAAUGUAAAGGAGCAUUAGUAGUUUAUAGACUUACAUUUGGAUUAGCAUUAUAUCAUAUUUUAUUAGGAUUAGUAAUGAUAAAUGUAAAGAGUGCAGGUGAUUCAAGAGCAAAACUUCAAGAUGGUUAUUGGCCUUUAAAAAUCCUAUUAUUAGGUGUUUUAAUAUUUGUAUCAUUUUUCAUACCAAAUUCAUUUUUUAGAGUAUACACUUGGAUAUCGAUUUUCAGUGCAGCAAUAUUCAUUUUCAUUCAAUUGGUAUUAUUGAUAGAAUGUGCCUACUCUUUGAACGAGAGUUGUGUUAGAAAGAUUGAAGAUGAGGGACACAGUGGAAAGAAAUGGUAUGUAUUGUUGUGUGUACUUAGUUUUGGAAGUAUUGCACUUGCAGUCGCCGGUACAGUAUUGAUGUUGGUAUUCUAUGGUAGAGGCAGUUGUUCGAUCAAUCAAUUCUACAUUGUUUUCAAUUUGGGUAUUUGUUUAAUCGUUGGUGUACUUUCAAUUAGUGAAAAAGUUAGAGAAUAUAGACCAUCAAGUGGUUUAUUCCAAAGUGGUGUGGUUAUGUUGUAUUGUACCUAUUUGAUUUAUUCAGCAAUCAAUAGUGAACCACCAGGAACUUGUUCAUCAAAUAAUACCUCAUCACCAAAAGAGUCAACUAUUAUCAUUGGUGCUGUAUUUACAAUCAUUUCAGUUUGUUACUCUGCAUUUAGAUCAAGUGAUUCAACAGAACUAUUGGGAAAUCAUAAUCAUUAUUCAAGUAUUCCAACCGAUCCAAAUGCUGAAACAACUGGUGUUGCUGAUGAUGAAUGUGAAUGUACUGCUUAUAAUUAUUCUUUCUUUCAUUUCACUUUUGCAUGUGGUGCAAUGUAUCUAUCUGCUCUCUUAACAAAUUGGGCAACUAUGACAAGUACCGAUAUCACCUCCUCUUCCACUUCCUCUUCAAAUUCUACAAUUAGUGUUGAUUCUGGUAUGGUUUCUGUUUGGGUUAAAGUUGUUAGUUCUUGGGUUGUAGUUUUAUUAUAUCUUUGGACUUUAAUUGGACCAAUAUUAUUAAGAAAUAGAGUUUGGGAUUAA